AUGUUGGGAGCGGCUGAAGGUCAAGGAUUAGGUAACGCUUUUCUCUCCCAUGUAUCUGCGUGUGAGGCUCUGUUUCACCUUUUGAGGGCCUUUGAGGACGAAGACGUCACUCAUGUUGAAGGCGAGGUUGAUCCCUGUCGUGACUUGGACAUCAUCAGUGACGAAUUGUUCGCCAAGGACCUGCAGUCUUUGGCUGGAAUACUAGAUAAGCUUGAGAAGUUGGUUACGAGAGCAGGAGAUAAAACUUUGAAGGUGGACUACGAUACCCUCAUGAGGGUGAAAAAGGAUCUGGAAGAGAAGAAACCUAUUCGCCUAGACGUCUGGAAUGAAAAGGAGAUAGAGGUUCUGAACAAGCAUUUGUUUUUGACUGCAAAGCCGAUUGUUUAUCUCGUCAAUCUCUCGGAAAAGGAUUAUAUACGUAAGAAGAAUAAGUGGCUUCCGAAAAUUAAAGAAUGGAUCGACCGCAAUGAUCCAGGUGCAUCAUUAAUACCAUUUUCGGGAGCGCUAGAGACGAAAUUACUUGAUAUGCCAGAGGAUGAGCGUGAGAAAUACUUGAAGGAGAAGCAAACCAACUCAAGUUUAGACAAAAUUGUUCACACUGGCUAUAAAGCUUUACAACUGGAAUACUUUUUCACGUCCGGGAAAGAUGAAGUGAAGGCUUGGACCAUCCAGAAAGGAACUCUGGCGCCGAAAGCUGCUGGCCGCAUCCACACUGACUUCGAAAAGGGUUUCAUCAUGGCUGAAGUGAUGAAGGUCGCCGACUUGAUUGAGCUCGGGGACGAGAAUAAAGUAAGUCAUCGACACUGUUUCAACUAA